AUGCACCGUACUUCUUCCCGAGACACAUACUACGACCUUGGGUCCUUUGCUCGUCCAGUCACUACUCAUCAUCCACAGGCGCAAACAUGGUUCAAUCGCGGUCUCAUCUGGUGCUACGGGUUCAACCACGAGGAAGGCGCACGAUGCUUUGAGCGAGCUAUAGCCCAUGACCCUGGGUGUGCUAUGGCAUACUGGGGCCUCGCUUACUCUCUAGGACCCAACUACAACAAACCAUGGAAGCUAUUCGAGAAGAGGGAGAGGAAUGACACGGUGGAGAGGACGCACGAUGCCGUCGAGAAGGCGUCCGUGUGCGCCCACCCCGAGACGACAGCUGUCGAGCGCGCUCUUGUGGAAGCCCUGGCAUUCCGAUACCCGGGCGGUCAGGAGCCUACCAAGACAAACUGCUCCGUGUGGAAUCGCGAGUAUGCCGAUGCCAUGGGCCGGGUUUACGCAGAAUUUCCCGAGGAUCCAGAUGUCGCCGCCCUCUACGCCGAUGCCAUGAUGAACCUCACCCCUUGGCAACUAUGGGACUUGCAUAGCGGUGAGCCUGCAUCGGGAGCGCGCACCCUCGAAGCGAUGCGCGUUCUUGAGCAUGCCAUGGACACAGAAGCAGGCUUCAACCACGCAGGCGUAUUACACCUCUACAUCCACUUGGUGGAAAUGUCCAAAUCCCCCGAGAUGGGAAUGCCGGCGGCGAAUCGAUUGCGAGGCAUGGUCCCAGACUCGGGGCAUUUGAACCACAUGCCGUCCCAUCUGGACAUUCUGACCGGCGACUACGCAACGGCAGUGGUGGCGAAUACAGACGCCAUCUGUGCUGAUGAGAUCUUCCUCGAGAGAGAGGGACCGAUGAACUUUUAUACCUUGUACCGAUCGCAUGACUACCACUUUCGGCUCUACGCUGCCAUGUUCUCGGGGCAAUCGCAGAUUGCUUUCGACACGGUGACACGACUCGAGGCGACCAUUUCAGACGACCUGUUGAGAAUGGAGUCGCCUCCCAUGGCAGACUGGCUCGAGUCUUUCCUCGCGAUGCGUGUUCACGCUUACAUACGUUUCGGACGGUGGCGGGACAUUAUGGACAUGCGUCUACCAUCUGAUCGAGACCUAUACUGUGUUACGACGGCAUUAACUCUAUACGCCAAGGGCAUGGCAUCGGCCGCCCUUGGCCAUGUCGAGGAAGCAGAAAAGCAAAGAAAAGAGUUUCAGCGUGCCGUGCCCCGCGUGAAACCCUCGAGGACCUUGUUCAACAACAAGUGCGUCGACAUUCUGACCGUGGCGGAGGCGCUCCUCGACGGCGAACUCGAAUAUCGUAGAGGUAACUUUGAGAUUGCCUUUGCGCACUUGCGCGACUCCAUCGACCGCUACGACGCGUUGCCGUUUGACGAGCCGUGGGGCUGGAUGCAGCCGACGCGACACGCGUACGGGGCUCUGUUACUGGAACAAGGCCUCGUCGAGGAUGCGCUGGCCGUCUAUAUUGCUGAUCUCGGCGUAGACAAUACGCUUCCGAGGACACACCAGCAUCCCAACAAUGUAUGGGCGUUACAUGGGUGGCGUGAAUGUCUCGUGCGGUUAGGCCGUCUUGACGAGGCACAAGCUAUGAAAGGAAAGCUCGACAGGGCGCUUGCUGUGGCCGAUGUGCCCAUCCGCUCGUCGUGUUUUUGCAGAUUGACUGCGGCGAAGAUGUAG